GGCGGGGAAACACACUCUCACAAGUUCAGCUUUGCAGCGUGAACUGAAGAAAUGAAUCUUGAAACUGCCGGGCCGACACCCUCGUCCCUAUUUUCGUGGGAUUACGUUUUGUGGGAAGUCCGCCUGAAGCUAGUGGCGGCCGGCUUCUUCCUCUACUUGGGAGUGUUCUGCCUCUCGCACUGCCUGUCUUCGUGGAUGAUAGCCACUUACCGCUCGUUGCCGGCGAAGGAGAAAGUAUUCUGGAACCUGGCUGCUACGCGAGGCGUGUUUGGCAUCCAGAGUUGUGUCGCCGGCUUGUGGGCCUUGCUUCUGGAUCCGGUUUUUCAAGCCGACAAGGUGUACUCCCAGCAGGAGUGGAGCUGGUUCAACUGCCUCAUAGCCUCUGGCUUCUUCCUGCUCGAAAAUGUAGCUGUUCACGUUUCCAACGUUGUCUUCAGGACAUUUGACUUGUUCUUAGUCGUUCAUCAUUUCCUUGCCUUUGGUGGUUUUUUUGGCCUGGUCACCAACAUAAAGUCCGGGCACUACAUACCCUUGAUGGGAAUGCUGCUGGAGAUGAGUACGCCUUUCACUUGCAUAUCGUGGAUGCUUUUAAAGGUCGGCUUGGCGAACACUUCCUUUUGGAAGGCAAACCAGUGGUUGAUGAUCCACAUGUUCCAUUGCCGCAUGAUCCUUACCUACCACAUGUGGUGGGUGUGCAUUUCUAACUGGAACGCUGUUGUGGAGAACCUGGGGCUCUUGCAUUUUGCUGUCGUGUUCACAGGGAUGAGCGCCGUCACCUUAAUACUUAACCCCUACUGGACAUACAAAAAGACUCAGCAGCUCCUCUGCCCCGUGGACUGGAACUUUGACAAUAGAACAAUGGAAAACGGCUCGUCCCCAAAACCCAAUGGGAACGUGUUGCAGAAGAAAGGGUUGUGACGGCGACAUCAUUGGGCCUCUUCGGGAACCGAUUU